AUGGUACCCUCUGUGGUGAUCGCCGCCGACCCUGCGGCACGACCGGGCCAUGGCGACGGCGAUGGCGGCAAGGACCUCCAGAACUGGUCCUCGCUAAUCGGCAUCAUCACGGCCAUUGUUGGCAAUAUCCUUAUUGCCCUAGCCCUCAACGUCCAGCGAUACGCCCACAUCAGAUUGCACCGAGAGCGCAUUCGAGUCCGUCGGAGAGCAAAAGAAGCCUUGAAACAUGCGAGCGGAGGCCCCCCUGGCGUCUACGGCACCGUGAACAUCGACGACAGCGACCGCAGCCGCCUCGAUGGACAUCAAGAAAACGGCCACAACGAUGCCUCCGAAUCCGAACCCCUUACGAGAUCCUUCCGCUCCGAGGAGUCCACCGGUUCCGACUACUCCGGCGACGACGAAAAGGCGCCAUCUACAUAUCUCAAGUCGCCCUAUUGGUGGAUGGGCCAAAUUCUGAUUACGUUGGGCGAGCUGGGCAACUUCUUGGCGUACGGCUUCGCGCCCGCUUCCAUCGUGUCGCCCCUGGGAGUCGUUGCGCUGAUUUCCAAUUGCAUAAUCGCCCCGAUACUGUUCAAGGAAAAGUUCAGGCAGCGCGACUUCUGGGGUGUCGUUAUUGCCGUCGCCGGCGUCGUCGUUGUCGUCUUGAGCGCCAAACAAGAAGAGACAAAGCUUGACCCCCACGAUGUUUGGGACGCUAUCACAACGUUGGAGUUCGAGAUCUACCUCGCCGUAACAGUGUCGUUGAUUAUUGUUCUCAUGUGGGCGAGCCCACGGUAUGGCCACCGGACCAUCUUGAUUGACCUUGGUCUGGUCGGGCUCUUCGGCGGCUUCACGGCUCUAUCCACCAAGGGCAUAUCUUCGAUGCUCUCGUCGACCCUUCUUGGGGCUUUCAAGACCCCUGUUACCUAUGCGCUGCUGUUUACUCUCCUGUUCACCGCGGUUAUGCAGGUUCGAUACGUCAACAAGGCUCUACAGAGAUUCAGCUCCACUCAGGUCAUCCCCGUUCAAUUUGUCUUGUUCACUCUUUGCGUCAUUGUUGGCAGCGCAGUCUUGUAUCGAGAUUUCGAGAGGACCUCGGCCGAGCAGGCGGUCAAGUUUGUUGGUGGUUGUUUCUUCACCUUCUCCGGUGUCGUUCUCAUUACUAGUGGGAGGGUCGAGGAAGACAUUGAAGAUGGUAUGUCCGACGUUGAUGGUGUGGAGGAGACUAUCGGUCUCGCCGAGCAAGAUCCCGCACAACCACCCCAGCCGUCAUCAACCUCAAUCCCGUCACCGAAAUCACGACGCUCCUCAAAAACCUCUGUCGGGUUUCCCGCAGGGAAUGGCUCCAAGCCGUUCAGCAUGCAGCAUGAUUCCGGUAUUCCUUCACUCCGUGUCCCGACCGCCGCGUCAGCAGGGAACCUUGUCAAUACAGAGUCCGAGCCCCUCCUCACCAACCCGUGGAGCAAUUCUGCUGAAGAGGUUCUCCCUCCCCCAGGCACACGGACCAUAUCAGAUGAUUCUAUUGCCACUUUCCCAGGUCUUGGGUUUUCUCCUUCAGAGCCAGUUACGCCGAUGACCACUGUUCUCACCAUCCCCGUUAUCGUCUACCGUCAGCGCAGUCGUCAAAGACACUCUGCUUAG